AUGGAUGACGGGAUGCUGGUCGACGGGAGUCUGGACUUUUUCAACCGUUGGCCGUCGAGUCUUGUCACGUCAGGCGUCAAGAUUGCCAGUUUCCGUCCUGGUCCUUCGGGGCCAAUAUUUGGAAAACCCGAACACGACGGACGGACGAACUUCAGGCUUCGGUUCCCACAAGCAAUCAACGAGUUGCAGCUCACCGGAAGCCACUCGUCUUGCCCCGUAGACCUCCCGUCGUCAGAUCUCUGCGGCCAUUGCAUGGGUCGCUCCUGCCGCCGCGGCCGCCUGUUGACGUUUGAGUGGGCAGUACGUACUUCCAAGGAGAAGAGGAUUCGGCUAUCUGUCCAACCAAAAAGGCGUGAGAAGAGGUGUGGGAGCAACACCGGCAGGCUGACAAGGAGACCAGACUUGGGUGUCAAGGUUCUUGCGAAUAGGAAAUCAUCCUCACUUUUGAUGGUGGUAAUCGAUGCAUCGAAGUGGACUCCAACUGAACUCCAGCUCCAACUCGGGGCGAUGGCCGUUGGGCGUGUCGUUGAUGAUUUUCACAAGUGCGUCCGCAAUGCUGCGUUGAUGUCGGAUUUGAUAUCUUGGAGUGCGUGCUUGUCUGGGCUCCACAUGCGGCAGUUCCCUUAUUGUCACACCUCCUUUUUUCAGAUGUCAUUAUCACCUCUUGGUACUGGUAGCACGAUCUCACUGCAAAAUGCGGUGGUAUUGAAUGUAGAUCACCAAGGACCGCACUUCAUUGUCUCCAUGGUCAGUGUUGGGAGCAGACUUGAUAAUGUUAUGUACCAAGCAAGAAGUGACUGUGAGAGCUCUGCGGGCAUAUCAUGA